AUUUGUUGCUAUGGUUACCAAGUUAUUUGGCGAAGUCAGUAGGGCAAAACUAGUAACAAUUUUAUUAAUUGUUAUUGAUUUGAUGUGCAAUAAUGUCGGACGUGCAAAGUCUUUUUAAGAAAAACUCGAUCAUUCCGGAUAUUAUAACGAUUGCUCCUUCAGAAAUAUUAAAUAUUAAGUAUCCAAGUGGGGUUACUGUUGAUUUGGGUAAGGAGUUGACUCCAACUCAAGUCAAGGACAAACCUGUAGUAAAAUGGGCUUGUAAAGAUACCGAGUAUUAUACUUUAGCCAUGAUUGACCCUGACGCACCUAGCCGUGAAAACCCAAAAUUUCGUGAAUGGCACCAUUGGUUAGUGGGAAACAUUUAUGGGGGUGAUCUUAAUAAGGGAGAAGUCCUUUCUGACUAUAUUGGUUCCGGACCUCCGAAAGGUACCGGAUUACAUAGAUAUGUAUUUUUAGUCUUUAAACAACAAGAAAAAUUUGAUUUUUCUAAAGUCCCAAAACUUCCCAAUAAUUCAGGAGACAAAAGAGGCAAGUUUUCUAUUGCUAAGUUUGCUCAAGAAUAUAAGUUGGGUACACCUAUAGCUGGAAAUUUUUAUCUUGCAAAAUAUGAUGAUUAUGUCCCGAAAUUGUACGCUAAAUUAAAGGGAUAAAUAUUUGAUGUACCUAUUUAUACAAAGUACAAAACUUUCUAAAAACUGGUAAUUUAUAUUGUACAGGAGCAUAAUAGACUACAUUUUGUCUAUGGCGUCAAUCGAUAUCUAUAUCCGCCUCCGUUGCGUGACAUUCCUCAUUUUUCGGUCAAAGUCGCCAUCAUCCGCCAUUACCUUUUGGAGUUUGCGUAAAUUGGUCGUUGCACUGUCUGCGUGUUACAAUCAUCAUCUUUGUUAGUGACAGUUUUCAGUGCGUUGCAUCGCAGUGUUUUAUU